GCCUGCGCAGUGCCGUCGGCCCCGCCUCUCGCCCCUCGCCCCCAGCUCUUCGCCCCUGGCGCGGGGCCCGAGGGGGACAUGGUGCUGUCUGAGCUAGCCGCGCGCCUCAACUGCACCGAGUACAAGAACUGGGUGAAGGCGGGCCACUGCCUGCUGCUGCUGCGCGGCUGCCUGCAGGGCUUCGUCGCCCGCGAGGUACUCGCCUUCCAUCGCGGUCUGCUCGCCGCCACCCCCAGCCUGGGCCCCCGCGCCGCCUGCCGCAGCGGCUCACGGUGUAGCCCGCGGGCCCGCCAGUUUCAGCCUCAGUGUCAGGUAUGCGCGGAGUGGAAACGGGAGAUUUUGAAACACCACACCAACAGGAAUGGAGACGUCCACUGGGGGAACUGCCAGCCGCGCCGCUGGCCAGUUGAUGCCUGGGAGGUGGCCAAGGCCUUCAUGCCCCGAGGACUGACGGACAAAACAGGCCCUGAGGAAUGUGAUGCCGUUGCUCUUUUAAGUCUCAUCAACUCCUGCGAUCACUUCACAGUUGAUCGAAAGAAAGUCACAGAGGUGAUUAAGUGUCGUAACGAGAUCAUGCAUUCUUCAGAGAUGAAAGUGUCUUCUCUGUGGCUUCGAGAUUUUCAGAUGAAGAUCCAAAAUUUCCUGAAUGAAUUCAAGAAUAUCCCAGAGAUUGUGGCAGCAUACACUAGAAUAGAACAGCUGUUGACAUCUGACUGGGCUGUUCACAUCCCUGCAGAAGAUCAGCGAGAUGGCUGUGAAUAUGAAACAGGAGUUUACCUGAGUGAGAGCCAAGUCAAUGAAAUAGAAAUGGAAUUACUAAAGGAAAAACUUCAAGAGAUCUAUCUUCAAGCACAAGAACAAGAUGUGUUGCCUGAAGAGAUCUUAAAUCAACUGGAAGUGGUGAAAGAAUUUCUGAGAAACAAUGAGGAUCUUCGAAAUGGUCUUAUAGAAGAUAUUCAGAAACUAGACAGCCUCCAUCUCCAGCAUCAAAAACCAGAUUCAGAGGAACCUGGGGCCCAGGCACCCAAAGAGAAGUCCUGAAGGGAGUUUCCACAUAUGAUGUUAAGUUGCCCUUUGACAGAAAUCAGGUGUCUUAUGUGAAGGUCAGCACAGUUUCGAUCUCACCUGUUCUUUUCUGUGCAACAGGAAAAACUUACCAGAGUACCCCGCCCAAACAGAAAGGAACUUUUGUUGUCUUUUCCUGGACUUUCUUUGACUCUUUGGGAACAUUUUUUUUUUUAAUAUUCAUAUGGUUGGAAAAAAUAUCCAUAAGGUUGGUGUUGUGUUAUCUGUAACCGCCCCCCCAAAAAUGUUAGAUACUGCUGUGCCAACACAUGCUGUCAUCCAAGGGUUUUUUUACUUCGUUUGUUUGUUUUGAUUUUUGGUUUGGGGGUUUAUUUUACUAUUCAGAAGGUGAGAUUCUUUUCCGGUCCUGAACUUAAAGCUGCUUUACACAGUAAAGUCCAUGUUUGGCCAGGCCUGCAUGAAGGGUCACAUCGAGUUCUCUGCUCACUGGCACGCAAGCCCUUUCCCCACACCCCUUCCUGAGAGUCACGUUUCUGAGGAUGCCCAAGGAGUGGGCUGUGAUAUAAAUGUUGUGAUAUAAACCCUUCCUUUUUGGAAGAAGGCAAGAAAACAAAUCACCUAAAAGGCCAUUUCCCAGCCAUUUCUAAUUAGUAUAGAACUACUGCUCCCCAUUUCUGGUAGCCCCAGGGCAGUAGGGCAAGGAGGUGGGCCCAAGGCUGGUCAGGGGGUAGUGGAGAACACAGGGACUUGACUGACCAAAGCAGGCAGAGGGCCUGAGCCAGCAUCACAGAUGGGGACACCAGGGACAGCUGUGUGGUUGCUGGCUUGUUCCUGGUACUCCUGGGAAAAGUUAGCUCCUGUGGCAAUCACAGCUCUUUCUGUUCCAUUAUAUCUGGAACACCGAGCACAGGGCCUAGCCCUCAUGUGCUCCAUGAUUAUCUGUUGACUGAAGGAUCCACCAACAAUUUAUCCUUACAUGUGAGUGUUUGUUAUACUGUUAACUAAGCCUGGUCCUUUGUUAUGAGAUUUAAGGAUGAAAUAUCACCACUCUUAGGGAAUUUCAAAGUUAUCAUUUUCUUUCCACAAAGUGACAAACUCAUUUGUAACUUCUGUUGCUCUAUUGUAUCCACUUCUUUGUCGGUUUCCUAAACUGCAAAACCACCACCCAGUCGUAUGCAGUGGUCCAUGGGAUCAGCCUCCCUAUCCCCUAUAUCUGCUCCUUUUCAAAGCCAGUGCUACUUAGCUGGGCCAUGUCACCUCUGGACCUUGGGGGAAGAAUUGUCCCCUGCCCCGCUGCCUGGAGGAAGUGCUUCCACUCCAGGCCCAAAGGAAGCCAUCCUUCUUUGCUUGCUCAGCUGCCCAUCAAGGAUGUAAUCUAUAGACAAUGGGCAGAGGGUACGAUAUAUUUGGUAUAUUUUUACAUUACAAUGCAUAUAUAUAAUGCUGUAAACUCUGGAUGAAUGCAAAUAUGCCUAUAACUGUUUGGUCUUGAAUCAUACAUUUUCUUUGUCCCUUCAUUUCAUACAGUUCCUUUAGAAGACGUCAGUAGUGGGGAUCCCUGGGUGGCUUAGGGGAUCCCUGGGUGGCUUAGCAGUUGAGCACCUGCCUUCAGCCCAGGGCAUGAUCCUGGAGUCCUGGGAUUGAGUCCCACGUCAGGCUCCCUGCAUGGAGCCUGCUUCUCUCUCUCUCUCUCUCUCUCUCUCUCUCUCUCUCUGUCUCUCAUGAAUAAAUAAAUAAAAUCUAAAAAAAAAUGUCAGUAGUGAAGUAAGAAUCUUCAUCUCACAACUCUGCCCAAACUAAGAAAUUUGCUAAAACUUUUCCUAGAUGGACCUUACAUCUAGAAGUUGGGAUCAAAUUAAAUCCUGAUUCACUAACCAAGUUAAGACCUGAUUUCUAACUUGAGGGACUUGGGGUUAUGAAUACUUUCAUUUCAUACUCCUUGUAUCCAGUUAGCUCUUACCUCUCUCUCCAACAUCUAUCAAUUACCGGUCAUGGCCAGGCACUGAAAUGGAUGCAGAUGUGAGGGUUUAUAAGGUGUGGGUGAUGGUAUACAUGCCAUCUCUGGAUUUACUGUCUGUUCUGAUAAAGAUACUGCUCAGAAAACAUCAGAGUGGCAACAUUUAAUUCCAUUGAAAUGGAAGAAAGGGAAGACGUGCCCAGUGUGUACAGGAACAUCAGCCUGUGGGCCUCUCCUCUCCAGACCUGGGCACGCAGCACAGGAUGUGCACAAAAGGGUGCUCGCAGCAGCAUUGGCAGCCCGCCAUCAAGAGAUGACUAGUUAGGGUUGCCUGGGUGGCUCAGUGGUUUAGCGUCUGCCUUUGGCUCAGGGUGUGAUCUGGGGUCCGGGGAUCGAGUCCCGCAUCAGGCUCCCUGCAUGGAGCCUGCUUCUCCCUCUGCCUAUGUCUCUGCCUCUCUCUGUGUUUCUCAUGAAGAAAUAAAUAAAAUCUUUAAAAAUAAAUAAAUAAAAUGAAAUGUUAAAAAAAAAAGAGAGAUGAUUGGGUAAAUCCCAGCACAUUCAUGCUACAGAGCAUUAUGCUGUUGUUAGAAUAAUAUAGUAAUGCCACAAUGCAGUAGUAUAGAAUGAUCUCUAAAACACGCUUAACAGAAGAGCAGAACGUUUAACAAUGCCUAGCAUGCUGUAAAACUAUUUGUAUUUUUCAAUAAAAGGUCUGGAAAGCUGU